ACAUACUACGCCACAGUAGAUUCGAGGAGAACUCGGGGUCAGGAAAUCGUUGGCUCAUUUCCCAGUCACAGUGCCAGAAGAAGACCAUAAUAAUAUCCGAAACAUCAUCCAUGAAAACAGUGAUUUAAAAGUACAUCGGAUAAAUUUCUAAUGAGGACGAAACGAUCGCACAAAUGGAUGUGUUAGUUAGCAAAAGAUGACCAUGGAUGAGUUUCACCCCUUCAUCGAGGCUCUGCUGCCUCAUGUGAAGGCUUUCUCCUACACAUGGUUUAAUCUACAGGCAGCCAAACGCAAAUACUACAAAAAACAUGAGAAACGAAUGUCAAUGGAGGAAGAGAGGAGAGUCAAGGAGGAAUUACAGAAUGAAAAACCAGAAAUCAAACAGAAAUGGGCUUCUCGAUUGUUGGCAAAAUUACGGAAAGAUAUUACUCAGGAAUGUCGUGAGGACUUUGUGCUAAGUGUGACUAACAAAAGACCUCCAUUAUGUGUGUUAAGUAACCCUGAUCAGAAGGGGAAAAUGCGGCGAAUUGACUGCCUGCGGCAGGCGGAUAAAGUGUGGCGUUUGGACCUAGUGAUGGUGAUUUUGUUUAAAGCUAUUCCACUUGAAAGUACAGACGGAGAACGUUUGGAGAAAUCCAUGGACUGUGUCAAUCCGAUGUUGUGUGUAAACCCGCAUCAUAUAAGCGUUUCUGUGAGAGAAUUAGACCUGUACCUUGCAAAUUUCAUUCACAGUUAUGUUCCUGACCCCCGUAAUGAUUAUGUGGACUUACAACAAAUGAACAGUGAACAAGAUAUCAAAGUGCCUGGAAAUAUCCAUUCUGGUGUUUCUGGAAAUGACAGUAUCAUGGCAACUGGAGUGUUUUCGGCACGAGAAUUACUGAGGGUCACACGGUCUUCAAUAAUGAUGCCACCUAAUGGAACACACCCCAUGUUACUGCCACAGAAGCAGAUGGAUAGUCCGGGGAGUUACUAUAACUAUAGUCCCCACCCCCAAGAUCAGCCCAUGGGCUCGGGGAUGCACCCUGGUAUGUCUAACGGACAGUCUGCCUUGAGUCCCUCGGGGCACCCCCACAAACGGUUGAAACGCAAUACCAUCAGCUCGAUCUCAUCAGCCGACGAAGACGCAGAGAGUGUGGGGGACGAAAAUGAAAGUAUGAGCAGCUAUUACGGGAAAUCCUCGUCAACGUUAAACAGCAGCGGGUCCUCAGGGUGGCAGGAGGGAAGUCACAUGGCAGAUCCAGGUGUAGCACCUAGCCCAGCCAUGCAUUCAUCAACUCUUGUCAUCCUCGCUAAUAAACCAAAGAUUAACGAAGCUAACAGCGGCUUUACGCCCGUAACCUCCGGCAACACACUCAUCUUGCAGCAUGUGCCCCAAAGCAGCAGCACCCCUCCAAGGGACGCCCCCACUCCGGGUGAGAUGAAGGCCAGGCCCCCCUCCCGAACCACACCCCCUCUUAGUGCUAGUGCAGGCCUCCAGCCAUCCCUGGUAUUACCCUCAGGAGCUGCCCCGGGGCCCAGCCACCAUACCAUGAAGUAUCAGGAACACCCAGGAGGGGACACUUUCUCUGAUUUCGUUUCUUUGGUCUGCCAAGAGGCACAAAACUCUCACAGUCAGGCAAGUUCCACCACACCUCCAAUGAAAAGUCCCACCAAACUGCCGCACUUUUUCUCCCCGGGUAUGUUACCCCCACCACCGCCACCCCCACCCACCGUGGCGAGGCCUGUGGCAAUUUUACGGACAUCUGAUGGACAGACUGUCAUCAGCAGUGGAAGCACUGUCAUGACAACCAACUCUUCUUCAAACUCGAGUAUGGGGGUGAGUAGCUCCCCAGGCACUCCUCCUGUGAACCGGACCAUCAUGAGUAGUCCCUUUUCGGUUCUGACAAGGCCUGAGCAUGCCUUUCCUCACAUACACCCACAAGCACAUCAGGUUUUUACUUAUCCCAGUCUGAGCCCAGUCAAUGCAAUCAGUGGGGUCAUUAGCCCCACCACUCUUAGUCUGAUUGCAUCCCCAGUAGCCACACCCCGGUCAACUCCUAGAUCCACCCCUAUCCCCCGCUGGACCACUCCUUUUAUUCCCCUAGACGAGGGCAUGGGGAUGGAUUACAAUAUGUUGGCGAGCUUCAUGCAUGGAGUCAACAGUGAUGAACCCUUACUUAAUGAAGAUCGAUUCUUUGCACACAACAAUGAGGGAAUGGAAGGUUCAAGCAACUCUAACAAUGGACAUCAUACGGGUACAUCGGGUGGGAGUGGGGCUGGAGGAUCGUCCCACAGUUCUCACCCCCCUGGGACACCUCAGGCCCCCAGCAGCUCCAAACCUCAUACCCCCUCUCAACAGCAAACUUGAUGUCGACAGGACACCACAGAAUGAUCAGAAGUGACCUUUUGAACUUGCAAAAAUAAAUAUGUUGCAGGCUGUGAUAUUUUCAAGGAGUUGAUUUUUUUUUGUUGUUAAUAGAUCUGAUUUUUGUUUAUUCUUUUUUUUUCAAGCUAGUCAUGUAAAUCAGACAUCUUGUAAAAUGUCUUUUUUAAUGUUGAAAAUGGAAAAAAAAAAUUGCUAAAUAAGGGGGAAAUAUUAUUCAUGUAAUGUCCAAGAACAAAAUUUACAUAUUAUUCCCCCUGGUUGUUGUACAUCCUUAUGUGAACAACUCCUCUUGCCGAAUGUGCCAAUUUUUUGGACACAAUGUGUCCAAGUUUUUUCUGAUCAUUUUGUGGCCCGGUUAAGUGCUCUGAAAUUGGCUGUGAUAGCAUUAUUAUGUAUUUGUGUCAUGUGUCCACCAGUCUGUUUGUCUUAGACAUUACAAAUUAAUUUUGCAUUCUAUUUCUAUUAGCUCACCUUUGAAAAGGUAGGAAAAAUUUAGACUGACUUUUUUCCCCAAACAUUCCAAGAAUGUGUUUGUUUCUACCUGACUGUUGCGGCCAUGGCUCUCAAACAAUCUGAAGUGAUAUUAAUGUAUCAUUUCCUGGAUCAGGUCUUCAUAUAAUCUCUGUGUUAUUGAAAUUUUGCAUGAAAUUGGGAAAAAAAUUAACAGGGUGUGUAAAAAUUUAUAUUCAGGUGUGUGAAUAAUUAUUUUGAAUAAUUUUUUUUUGUCUGUACUCAGCAUUGAGAUUGUUAUGAGCUUUAGUUUGUAUUCCCUUACUAUGCUAAGUAUUAAUUAUGUAUUAACUGUACUGGGUGAUAUUAUGUGUAAUAGAGCCAAAUAAUUCGAUACAAAAUACCAACUAUUGUUUGUCAUGUACAUGUUUUCCUGUACAUAAAGUUUUUGACAAAAUCUCUGAAUCUAUGCAAAGAAAAAUGCAUUGAUAUGGAAGAAAUUAUAAUUAUGUACAAAUUCUAAGUGUCUUUGUAUUCCCUAUUUUGUGACUUCUACUUAAAAUAUCAUUCGUGUACCAGUAAUAUAUUCCAUGUUUUUUGCACAUUAACUAGUCACACAAGUACUCGCAAGAUUGCAUCUCUUAAUUUUGGCAAACUACAUGUUAAAUGAUAUAUGCAAAAUUUACUCAUUAAUGGAUGGAAAAAUUUGUGCUCUCAAGGAACAUUGUUGCAUAUUUUAUAGUUUUGUGUUCCUUGAUUUAAUAGUUGAAUUGGGUCCUUUUGACUUCUGUGAAACGAAAGAAAGAUUAAAACUGGAAAUGUACUGACAAGAUAAGAUAUUAAAUCAUAUUUAUUAUUGUUGAGAAUUGUUUUUUAUAAUAUAUGAGACAAAGUUUUUUUCUUGUGAUUGGAAAGUUGUUUGUUUCAUGUUAAACAUUACAUAUUCAACAUAUCAUUAGGUGGCUGAACACUCUAUAACUAUUGUUAUUAGGUAUUGAUCAUUUCAAGCUGCAUCCAACAUUUAUUUUUGACAAAGUUAUCUCUCUUUUUUAAAGAAAUUUAAAUGUAAAAAUUGUACAGUGUCAUUAAAAAAAAUAGUUUCACUGAUGGAAUAAAAAUGAUGCAAAUUAAGUUUCUAAAGUAUGAAAUCAGUACAUGUAUUACAAGGUAUUUUUAUCAAAAAGAAAUAGAGUACCUGGAAUGCUAAGUAGGAUAUUUAUCUUUAAUCAAAUGUACAGUUUGUUUGUGGUACCUUAUGGGCUUGUAUACAACAAGUUUGUGUUAAUGUUGUGAAAGAUAUGAAGACUACCUCGUAAAUUACUAUGUGAUAAAAGAGAGAUUUCCAUCCAGUUUUAUGCAAAUGUUGGCCAUCUUGUUGCUUAAUCAUUGAAAUUUUUCCCCAUUAACAUUAUAAGAUUUUAUGAAGCAUUCUCUACAAUGUAUAGCACUGUUUUUAAUAGAAAGGAUCUAUUUUUACUAUUGUUCAAGAUAAUUAAUCUGGUUUACUUUUAUUAAUUUUUUAUGGUGUCAGGGUCUUCGACCUCGAACGUCAUCUAGCUUUUUCUCUGUUAGCUAGGGCAAAUUACUUGUUUCCAAUUUAGCCUUUCAAAGUUUAUACUUUCUAGGCAUUUAACAACAAAAUUUUGCGGUGUAUUCGGUAGACAAUUGGGCCAACAUUUUGUUUGAGAGUAUGAUUAGCAUUGUCACAAUCUGUCAUUUUGCUGUUUCUGUGUCAUUUUCUCAUGUACUGUCAACUUUGCUGUGUACAAAUCUGUGUGCAUCUCCCCUUUAAAUACCGCCAAUCUAUGCAGCUAUGUAUUGUUUUAUUAAUGUGUAAUUUUUUUUAUCAGCGCAGUCAUCUGUCAUCGUGUUUUGUUGGUUUUUGUGUAUAUUAAUGUAGGACUUGUAGAUUUUAAGAUUUCAAACCAAAAAAAAAUAAAGGGCAACGUUAAAUGAAAAAAAAUCUUCAUAUGGAUCAUCAGAUUAGUCUGAGUUAUCAAAAAAAAAAAAUGGUUUGUAAGAAAACCAAAAGCCAGAAAACUUCAUAUUUGUUUAAAGUAAGAUUUGAUUUUUUUUAAAAACAAGUUAUAAAUGUAUUAUGGUUAGAAAUACAUGUAUGGUAGCUUUGUAAAAUACUCAAAUGUUAUGUACAUAAAAUCACAGAAAUGGCCAUGUUUUGUAUAUCAUUAUGCAUAACCUUAUUUAUUGAUUGAUUUUUUUUUACAGUAUAGCCACAUCCAUUUGAUAGAAAUCCAUUUAAUGAUCAUAAUAGAAUUGAUUGUGUUGUUUUUAACUUAUCCAGUUUAACUUACUUUUUAGUACUAUUGUGUCUUGUUUCUUUUUAAGUUGGUUGAUUAGCUUUACCAAACAUGACCUUUCAUUUAUUACUCAGUUGUUAUAAUAACAAAGCUUUUAUUUCUUUGAGAAAUGAAAUACCUACCAGCAUAUUCCUAUGACAUUUGAUCCCUUACUUACAAAUAUUGUUUCAACGAUUAGCAAUGGAACUGGACUGGAAUCUUGAUAUCGUAGAGUUUAUUGGCUGAACUGUUGAAAAAUGCAUGUGUAAUUUUUAUUGUAGAAACGUACAUCAUUUUUGCUUUCUGUAGAGGCACUGUACAUUUUGUAAAAAACAGAUUGAUUAUUUAUUUAUUAUACAAAAGUGAGACUGAUUUAACCAUGUGGUUUUAUGAUGGGUGUGCCUAUAUUACGAAUGAUGAGUUUGUUACUAUAUUAUAGUGGAAGGGAAUGCAUGUUUGAGAUAUAUAACAGUGAUCUGUGAUGCAGUUAUUAUUUCAGAAGUAGUAGUAAUUAUUUAUUCAAUUUGGACUUUGUUUUUUUUUUUUAAUCUUUGUGUAAAAUGGUAUGAAAAAAAUUAUCACGUUUUUAUCAUGUCAAAAACCAAAAAAAAAGCAUAAAAAAAUACACAUAAAUGUAUGUAUUUAAUUGGUUGUUAUUAUUAAUUCUAGAUUUCACCGUAUGUUAUCAUAUCUAAUAUGCAAACACCCAUAGCCAGAAAAAUCCAGAGGUGUAGAAAGCAUGUUUUUUAUCAAAAGACCUUGAAUUUAAGUUUUAGAAACAUCGUAGAACAGUGCUUUUUUUUAGAAAUGUGCAUAUUAACACUGUUGAACUCAAACAAGUUUAACAAGUAUUUAUAUCGACUUUAUUAACAGAUGUUUUGUUUUUAUGUUUUUUAAAGUUGAUAGUUACUUUGUUAUGGCUGUUUUAUUUAUUUUUCUUCCGUUGAAUUGUAUUACAAGACUUGCUGACAGAAGCAAGGGGACAUAUCUGGCUAUGGUAAAACCAGUGUGGGUCAGCUUUUUCGUUUGAAGAUGGAUGAACAUGUCUCACCAUCUUUAUCACAAGUUUGAAUAAAAAUCUGAUGUCAAA